GGUAUGCGCCAGCUAAGGCUCGUCACCAACAUGAGGGCUCAUAAUGACACCUGGUUUGCGGAUUACUUGCUAAGGGUAGGCAAUGGCACUGAGGAAGUUGACGAUCAAGGAAACAUACGACUCCCUGAAGAUAUUUGUGUGCCGUCUACAGGCGAGGGUGAUGACCUGGAGAAGCUGAUUGACCAUGUGUUUCCCAGACUAGAUGACAACAUGUCCGAUCCGAAUUACAUGACUUCACGCGCAAUCCUCUCCACCACGAACGACAACGUCGACAAGAUAAACAUACGCAUGGUAGAGCGUUUUCGGGGAGAAGAAGUAAUCUACCAUAGCUUUGACAGUGCAGAAGACGACCCGUAUGGCUACUACGCUCCCGAGUUCCUAAAUGGAUUGACUCCCAACGGUCUGCCUCCGCAUGCACUCAAACUGAAGCUCAACUGCCCCGUCAUACUUCUGAGGAACAUUGAUCCGGCUAAUGGUCUGUGUAACGGGACGAGGCUUGUGGUGCGAGGUUUCGAGAGGAACGCCAUCGACGCAGAAAUCGUGAUCGGACAACACGCAGGUAGGAGGGUAUUCCUUCCUCGAAUACCCCUAUGCCCGUCUGACAACGACAUGUUUCCAUUCAAGUUCAAGAGGAAGCAAUUUCCUGUAAGGCUUAGCUUUGCUAUGACGAUUAACAAGGCUCAAGGCCAGACGAUUCCGAUUGUUGGCGUGUACCUACCUAAUCCUGUGUUCUCUCAUGGUCAACUCUAUGUCGCACUGUCUCGAGCCACCGCAAAGAGAAACAUAAAGAUCCUCAUUGAGAAGGAGAAGGAGAAGGAGAAUGCCAAGAAGCAAAGCGGUAAACCUAAGAAGCGAAAAAGACCUGCCUUGUCCUUACAAACCUCGAUGAAGAACAUCGUCUAUAAGGAAGUCCUUACAGGCUGAAGUCCGCUCUUAAGAAGCUGGCGGGUUUUGAAUAAGAUAAAGGAUUUACUCUUUUGCUACAGACAAUUUGGUGCUCUUCCGUGUUCUUGUACAAAUAUUUAUCUUUCGAUGUUAGCAACUGAUUAUGUUUAUUCAACAAGUCAAAUAUUAAUAAUAUUGCCUCGGAUUUGUGACUUUGCAAGUUGCCAAUUUUUCCUGUAUGUGACAUUAUUUCUCCUUUUGCCGGAUUGCAUGUAUAUUAUUCGUUUGUUGUUUUGUAAUCAAUCAUCUACUCCAUCUAAACUAGGCUUUGUUUUCCUACAUAAGUAUUGCACACUGCCUGGGUCACUCCGUUGUUGUAAAAUUCACUGGAGUGUUCUACAUUAGAGAAAUAUUUAUGAUGCGGCCCCAAAGCAGGCUCAGUCAAUGUUAUUUAUUUUUGUCCUGUAUAGUCUCUUAUUUGCCCCUUAUUUGAAUUUUAUAAUCCUGGCUUUUCAAUACAUAUCUAAACAGACAUGAUGUGUUUCUAACUACUUAGUUGCAGGUUUGGCACAAGUAAACGGAUGGAUGCGUGUUGACAUCUUCAUGAUCUCACAAAUAUUUCCAGUAGUAUUAUUUUCCUUUCAUUGUGCCAUAUUCUGUCAGUUGCUUUUCCUAUUGCGUGUAUCUUGCAGAUAAAUAAGAGUUUUAAUGAAUUGUUGGAACCUGGACAGUACCAUAAUUUAUAACCACCUAUUAUUCUGCCACGAAAUGUCCAUUUUAUAGCUUAUCAGGUGCGCUUCUUUCUGUUCGUGCCUUCAAAAUAUCAAACCAGAGGACAUCUACUAAUAUAUUUUUGUAGCUCUGUUGCUUCCGACUAUCACUGUGGUUCAUCUACUAAUAUAUUUUUGUAGCUCUGUUUUCAUGUGAACAUUGUAUACAUGGCAUGUACUAUGAAAGAACAGUAUGAACAUGUCGGUAUUUUUUUUUCUAUGUCACAUGCAUCUGAUCCUAUCGUUCUCCCUAUAUGUCGUCCAAACACAUCUAUAUGAACCUAUAUGUCGUAAAAGUGCAUAUGUACUUCUCAGUUCUUAUAGAGAACGAAAACUGGGUGGCACGCA